GCGUCACGUACGGGUGAACAGCCGUGUGACGUCAUGAAUGCCCGGGCUGCCGUAAAACCCCCCGCCGAAGACGUAAAAAGCGGAAGUUAGCAAAGACGACUUCGAUUGUCAGAAGAGAUUUGUGAGAAUCCAGUUUAAAUCGCGGAAAACAUUCCAAAUGUUAGGUGAGUUGCUGAAGGAGCGACUGAUGAUGAAAUAUUGGCGCUGUUUAAAAGAACGACAUCGCGUCGGGUGAGGAGGAAGUUGGUCGAAGCAAAAAAGGAGAAGGAUCGCCAUCGACGACAACAGGAAGCAAGUCAAAUAUGUUCCACAUUGAAGACGUCCAGCGGAUAAUUGGUGGUCAGGAAGAACGUCCCCCUCCGCCGCAGGGGAGGGUCGCCACUUUGAAGCAGGAGGAUCCGCAGCCCCCCUACAUUAAAGAGGAGAUGGCGGAACUGUGGAUCACUCGGGAGGAAAUGAAUCUUCCAGGGCCAGACGAGGCUGAUCCCACCAAGUUGCCACUGACUGGUGUCUCCGUGAAGACUGAAGACCAUGGAGAGAAACCACCUGAGUCCUCACAGCUUCUUCACAGUCCACGUGAGGAGAACAGAGGGGUGGAGCCUCCAAGCUGCAGGGGAUAUGCUUAUGUCCCGCCGCUAGUUGGUUGUCGGGGGAGGAUCUCCAUUUUCAAGCGGGAGGAUCCACAGCCCCCCUUUAUUAAAGAAGAAGAAGACGAGGAGGAACUCUGGAUAACUCAGGAUGGAGAGUAUCUUCUCAGGGCGCGUGAAGCCGACCUCACCAACUUGCCACUGACUGGUGUCUCUGUGAAGACUGAAGACCAUGAAGAGAAACCACCUGAGUCCUCACAGCUUCAUCACAGUCCAAGUGAGGAGAACAGAGGGGCGGAGCCUACGAGCUGCAGCUCAAUACGACACAUGGCGACAGAAGCUGAGGGAGACCACUGUGGAGGAUCACAAGCAGACAGCCUCUUGGCUCCACUAUCAGAUAGUGAGGCAGAAGACAGGAACGACACCCAAGAGCCUUUGAGCAGCGAUACAGACGAUAUGAGGACUCACACCUACAACAAUCACCCUGACUGCUCUAAAAAGAAGACGGGUAAAAAAUGUUUGAUUUGCUCAUUUUGUGAUAAAAGCUUUUCUUAUCAGAGGGAUUUUGCUCGACACGUGACAAUACACACAGGGGAAAAACCUUUUAGUUGUUUAGAUUGCGGCCAAAAAUUCUCUCAAAAGUCAAACAUGGUCACACACAGGAUAACACACACGGGAGAGAAAACUUUUAGUUGUUUAAUGUGUGAUAAGAAGUUCUUUAAAAGGGCAAAUAUGACGGUACACAUGAGAACGCACACAGGGGAAAAACCUUUUAUCUGUUCGGUUUGCGGUCAAAGAUUUACUCGUAAGGUAAGAAUGGCAUCACACAUGACAUCGCACACAGGAGAAAAACCCUUCAGUUGUUCAGAUUGUGGCAAAAAAUUCUCGGACAAAAGCAACAUGGUGAAACACGUGAAAACACACGCCGGAGAAAAACCUUUGAGUUGUUCCGUUUGUUGCAAACGAUUCUCUGAGAAGUCGCACAUGGCGUCGCACAUGAGGACACACACGGGAGAAAAACCUUUAAUUUGCUCAGUUUGCGGCAAGAGAUUCGCUCAGACUUCCACUUUGGGGCGACACAUUAGAACGCACACGGGGGAAAAACCAUUUAGUUGCGUGGUCUGUGAUCAGAGAUUCACUCAAAAGUCACACAUGGUGUCACACAUGAGAACGCACACCGGGGAAAAACCUUUUAGUUGCUCAGUUUGCGAGCAAAGAUUCACUCAAAAGUCAAAUAUGCUUUCACACGUGAGAACACAUGGUGGGGGGCAAACAAAGUUAAAAUAUGUUAUGUGUUCAAAUGUCAAAUCAUAGAAGUGUAACAACACACGAGGAGUCCUCGAGAAAGUCUGCUGUGUGUAUGAUGCAAGAUUCCCCCAUGAGUUAGUGUGCUGCUACAAAAUACUACUUUGAUUAAGGACAACAAAGACUGUUUUCACCUUUUUUCUUUUGGACUGAAAAAGUGCACAGCAAAGAUCAUGACAUUGUGUUUGUGUUGUAUCAAUCUUGUACAUGUGUAGCAUUGGUAAUGACUCCACCUGCUUUAUCUAUCUUUACUUUUUAUUAUAAAGUAUUGUUUUUCAUGUUCAUUUAUAUCCAUCUUUCACUUUUUAUAAUACACUAGUGUUAAGUAUUUUGAGGAAAGGUUUUUUUUUUUUUAGGGAGCAGUAGCACCAUCUGUUGGGUCCUUGCAUACUUGACAUGUGCAACUCCUGGCCAGGCAAAUUUGCUACAUUCUGUGUACAUUCUGUCUGUUUUAUGUCAAACUUGGUUGAUAAAAGUUUCAGUGUUCAACAGGGGCGUCACUAGCUUUUAAGGACAGGGGGGGCUUAGCCCCCAGGAGAUGCACAGGAUGCAAGCGAACGUAGCGCACAAGCACGAAACUUCACAAACGGCUAACAAAGACUUAGAAAUUAUUCAUUGUUAUUAUUAUUAUUUAAAAAAAUGCACGGGACGAAAUGAAAUGCUCCCCGGGACGAUGGCUUUUAACCAUUUUUUUUUCUUUUUCCUUUAAUAUAUUUAUUCCUUUUACAUUUUAUAUUAAAUGUCUUGGUUUUUCCUCCCUCUGAAAAUCCUAUGAAAUGUUUA